CACCGCCUCUAACUGUCAAGCCAAGUCCGCGGUAUUAGCAUAGAUUAAACAGUAUAUUUUAGCCUUAUCAUUGUGCUAUCAUUCUCAGGCUGUGUUCUCGAAGAUGCACGUGAGUACUGAGCGGUUUCUGCCCGGUGAGGAGUUGAAGACUUCGCUACAACAAUACGUCGCCACCCAGGGUCUAGAAGCUGCCUUUAUCAUCACCUGUGUGGGAAGUGUGAGCAAAGCUACCCUGAGGUUCUCCACACAGCAGUCCGGACCAGGCAGUGAAAAGGAGGUGACGUACAGGAAGGAGUACUUUGACAUCCUAUCGCUGGUGGGUACAGUGUCACAGGGAGGUGCUCAUCUACAUGUGGUGCUAGGGAGAGCUGAUGGUACUGUGGUGGGUGGCCAUCUCGUAGGCAACGCCAAGAUCCACACCACAGCUGAAGUCGUCAUAGGGGAGAGCCUAGCCGAAGUCUACAUCCGCAAGAACGACCCCAACACUACUUUCAAUGAACUCGAAAUCAAACCACGGAGUCGUUGAUGGACUCUCCCAUUCAAUGUUUCAAAAUAAAAUUUCAAGCUGUUAGUCUAAAGCAUUUUUUAGUCUCCAAUAUAAAACUUUGUUGUAACUC